GUCAUAGAAAGAGUACCAAAAGGAAUCUGCCUCUCUUGCAUCUCUCGUGAUUUGUCUUCAGUCUUAAAAGUUUCUUACUAAAGUCCACUUCACUUCUAGUCGAUGGCUUCCCAUGACCAUCAUCAUCAUGAUCAUCACCAUGAUCAUCACCAUCACGAUGAAGAUUCAGCAACUAAAUCAUGGGUAGGUGCAGACGGGAGGGUGUACCAUAGCCACGAUGGACUUGCACCACACUCGCAUGAACCCAUUUACUCUCCUGGCUUCUUCAGUAGAAGAGCUCCUCCUCUUCUCUCAAGAAACUUCAAUGAGAGAGCCUUCACUGUUGGUAUUGGUGGUCCUGUUGGUACUGGGAAAACAGCUUUGAUGCUGGCUUUAUGUAAAUUCUUACGGGACAAGUACAGUCUUGCUGCGGUGACAAAUGAUAUUUUCACAAAAGAGGAUGGUGAGUUCCUGAUGAAGAAUGGUGCUCUUCCUGAGGAAAGGAUACGUGCUGUGGAAACAGGAGGCUGUCCUCAUGCUGCAAUUCGUGAAGACAUUAGCAUAAAUCUUGGCCCUCUGGAGGAACUUUCUAACUUGUUCAAAGCAGACAUACUUCUUUGUGAAUCUGGGGGAGAUAAUUUAGCAGCCAACUUCAGCAGGGAACUGGCCGACUAUAUCAUUUAUAUAAUAGAUGUAUCUGGUGGUGAUAAAAUUCCUCGUAAGGGUGGCCCAGGCAUUACCCAAGCUGAUCUUCUAGUGAUAAACAAGACUGACCUUGCACCUGCAGUUGGAGCUGAUUUGGCAGUAAUGGAGCGUGAUGCACUGCGGAUGCGUGAUGGAGGGCCUUUUGUCUUUGCUCAGGUCAAGCAUGGGCUUGGUGUUGAGGAAAUAGUGAACCACAUUUUACAGGGUUGGGAAGCAGCGACAGGGAAGAAGCAGCGUUGAUGUUUCUUCUCUAAAGUCGUUUUAGUUUGUACUUUAAUUUUAUCAGCUUGACCUCCUGCAUUGUUUCAUCCUGAAACCUGUAGACCACCAUGUAUCGGUGGAUGUCUUUUACUUCUCAUGACACUUUUCCCGAAUAAGAGUGUUCAAAUCAGUCAAGUCUGGCGAAGUUGGUCAAUAAAAAUGCAAGAAGCAAACUUAUGGAAACUUAUCCUUUAUGCUGAUAAUAAUCCCUUAAUUAAUGAUGAAUGUUUAUCCCAGAUCCCAACUGAGUUUACAUUCUCUCUUCAUGCUUUUGAAAACAAAUUAUUUUAGUGUGACCCAACUGUCAUAUGCUCAGAACUGAACGAAAGAGGGACCAUAUGUACUGUGUUUUAUCAUACUUGGGGCAAAGAAGUUCCAAAUUAUUAAUCAAUCUUGUUGCUGUCGUUGUUGAUCUGAUUUCAGGAUCCCACAUGGAUUACUUGAAAAUCAGUGUUUGUGAUGUCUAUAAAUGACUCGUCAUUGUACUUAUGUUGGGUUUCUUGUUCUA